AUGGCAGAUUCCGACACACUUCGUAUGGCAUUCCGUGCUGAGCAAGACCUUAACUCCUAUCAAAUGAAGCAAGGUCUUGGACCGAAGAGCGACUCCGUCCUCGAGUCCAACAUCGACGAAAGGGCGGAUAAUAAAUUCCGUGAAGCAACGGGAAUCAAAACUGGUCGAGAGGCAGGCGCUUCAGGGAGCAACCGGAAACCCAUCCCCGAAGACGAGGGAGGCACCCGAGACUCUCGUGGAAGAUUGGCACCAGCUGGCGAAUAUGAAGGCACCGGAGGCCCUGAGGAUAAGGUGAAGGUCGAGUCGGAACGCCGUCCGGGUGAUCAAGACACACUUAACCUUCAGGAUCUGAAGAAUAAAGGACUUGCUCGGUAA